GUGUCACGAGUCACGUUCAGGCAGAUGGUUGUCAAUACGAUUUCUAUGAUUUGCACUCGUCCGGGCAAAUACAUUCUCUGGCUCCAAUUCUAAACCCACCGCCAGCGCAAAUCAGCGAUGUCUGCCAAGGGGGGAUUAUUCCGUCAAUGUGUAAUUUUGUUAUGACUUCAUUGUGAAAUCUAGGUCGUGUGUUUGUACGGGUGCCUGCCUGCCCUUGGAUUGAGCGUGUGUAGUCCUUGUGACGCUGACUGCAAUAUCGCCUACCGGGUCACUUGUCGUCUGCUAAGGCGCGUGGGAGGAACCAGCUGGACAGACCGAUACAAGGUCACUACUCGGACAUUUAUACUGGAAACCAAGCUAUGAUGGAUUAUAAUCAACACAUAUUGAUCUAAUUAGCCAUGACACGGUUUACGCAUCACUAGCCGCGACUUUAAAGUUUUGAACCAAUGGCGGAGUAUGCAGAGGGGUACCCGGAGCCGGUGGACGUGUCAAGCUCAGACGGACCUGCAGAGGAGAAUCAUGAGGUGGGGGCAAGCAAGAGAGGUAGCAAAGACGCUGACAGUAAACCAAAGAGAAAGAGAAGCUGCCCGAUGUACUUCGGGGUCAAGUCCUACCUGCAUCAGUUCUACGAGGACCACACCUUCAAGGACCCUUCUGUUUAUGAAGAUGACGACCACCAGUAUCUGCUACAGCCCCACCAGCGACGUCGAAGGUGUACACCGAUUUGGUGGAAACUGUUCAUGUGGAUAGGCGUGGCCUUGUUACUUUUUGGCGUCAUCGGCAUUCUGAUUGGCUACCUCGUUCCACCCCGGCACGUGCUGAUAGGUGACAGCGACACCGGUCAAGCCUACAUCGACCAACAGGCACAGGAAUACAACACAACCCUGGACAUGUGCAAGCUGAUUGGCCUGAUCUUCUUCUGCGUCGGCGGCCUGACCUUGGCCAUGGCCUUACUCUUCCCGUCGUUCCUGACACGCUACUGCGAGGACGAGCCCAUCUCGGGCGACGGGCCCGCCAUCAAGGUGCCCUUACAGCCCGAAGCCAGCGAGAAGGGCGCCCUCAAUCCGUUCCAGAUGAUCAUUCCGGCUUCGUCCAAGAUCAAGGAGGUUCAACCGUCAAAGAAAAGCGAGCAGCAAAUGUUGACACAGAAUACCACAAAGUAGCAGCCUAGAAAAACACCUAGAUUGUCACGUAUAACUAGAAGACUGCACUCGCGUUUAGCCCCUACGCUUAUUGCUAAAUAAACUAACAGAACAAUGUUGCCAACUCAAAGUAUAUCACUGACAAAAAAUUGUGUGUUAAUCUUUAGAUGUUGGAUUCAAAGCAUUAAAGUUCAACUUUACACAAACUUG